AUGAUACCCGGAGGUCGUUACCCCUACGAUGGCGAUGUAUCGAACGAUGCAGAUUGGCUACACGAACCUGAAGCCGAGCUGGUUUGGCGAAACGUACUGGUGUAUGAGAAACUAGACGUGUCUGGUGCGGAGUGUCAAAGAAUUGUGAAGUAUAAAGGCAAGGAUGCAGCUACAGCGUUUCCACUACUGGAGAAUCCGAGAGGUGGGACGUUGAAGGGGUUUCUCGCUGCGAAUCGUGCGAGGAUGUAUUCUAAGAAUGAGUUCGAAGGUGUGGUGGCUAGCAAGAUUACGACGACAUAUUUACCUCUGGUCUAUCGCUGGGCUUUACAGAUCCUAUCUGCUCUAUCUGAGAUACACCGCAACGGUAUCAUUCACAUGGACGUCGUAAGUCCAGAUUCUUUCUGGCUGUACGAAGACCUGAGCAUCGCACUGGUUGGCUUCCAAUCCGCCGAUCUCGUCAAUUUGAAUGGGGAGAGAGUUCAAGGAGAUGCACAUUGUGGAGAGGAGUUUCGAUGUCCAUGGUCAAGGAACUCAGAGCAUGAGCGACCUACUGUGAAGGUCGAUCUGUUUGAUUGGGCUACUCUGGUUUAUGGCUUGAUGACGAAUGAAAGUCCUGUUGAUGGUAGGAUACGAGAUGUUGAUGUGGAGGAAAUGGUUAGGACUGGAUCUUUGCCGGUACUUGAGGAGGAAAAGCUUGGGCACUUGGUACGAAGAUGUUGGAUGGGCGAGUACGAGUCUGCGGUGGAUGUCAUGGCCAACCUCAAGGAGUUCUUGACAGAUCGUGGAAUGAAAGCAGAGCCCGGCCAAGUCGAGGCAGCCGUCUACGAGGCUCUUAAGGCUGGUUACAAGCACAUUGAUCUUGCCAAAGUCUACGGCAACCAGAAGGAGAUUGCAAACGCCUUCAAGAGAGCUUUCAGCGAGGGCAUCAAGCGUGAGGACAUCUUCAUCACCUCCAAGCUCUGGAACUCGCAGCACAGACCCAAGGAUGUCGCUCCCGCCCUUGACGACUGCCUUGCUGAGCUCGGCCUCGACUACCUCGACCUGUACCUCGUCCACUUCCCUGUCGCCUUCGACGAGUCGGGCGAUGUCCACCAGAACCUCUUCCCUCUCCGUGACGACGGCGACGUCAAGAUGCUCGACAGCGUCUCGAUCGUCGACACAUGGAAGGCCAUGACCCAGCUCGACAAGAAGAAGGCUCGUGCUGUCGGUGUCUCCAACCACACUCAGGAGCACCUCCAGGCUCUGAUUGACGCCACUGGUGUCACCCCCGCUGCCAACCAGAUCGAGCGCCACCCUCGUCUCCUCCAGACCGACUUCGUCAAGUGGUGCGGCGAGAAGGGUAUCCACAUCACCGAGUACUCAACCUUCGGCAACAACAUGGUCGGCGAGCCCCUCCUCAUCCAGCACAAGACCGUCAAGGAGAUUGCUGAGCGUCUCAACGCCUCCCCCGCACAAGUCAUCCUCGCCUGGGCCCAGGUCGGUGGCCACUCGGUCAUCCCCAAGUCCGUCACUGCCUCCCGUAUUCGCGACAACUUCAAGGAGAUUGACCUNCCCAAGGAGGACUUUGAGAAGAUUGAGCAGAUUGGCAAGGAGGAGCGCCGCCGCUACAACAUCCCUUACACUGCCAACAAGCCCAGAUGGCCCGUCAACAUCUUCAACGAGCCUGAGGAGAAGGACGCUCCCCACAAGGUCAUCGUCUAA